CUUUGAAACCCUAACCCUAAAACUUUCCGUUAUCUGCUCUGAUCGCUUAAUCGGCUAACGCUAGCAGUCGAAGCACAACAGUUACCUGAGCUCGCACAAGUGAAAAAUCCAGCAUGGGGAAGGUUCACGGAUCACUGGCACGUGCCGGUAAAGUGAGAGGCCAAACACCUAAGGUUGCUAAACAGGACAAGAAGAAGAAGCCCCGUGGUCGUGCUCACAAGCGUAUGCAGUACAACCGUCGAUUUGUCACUGCCGUUGUUGGCUUUGGCAAGAAGCGGGGACCAAACUCAUCCGAGAAGUAAGCUUGGGAUUUUUGAAGGCAAACACUAGUUGGGUCUCCAAGUUAAUUCUAUCAUAUCACUUUGUAUUUUAAAUACUGGAGUUCAUUGCUAUUGCAAAAUCAACUUUUGGCUGAACUGUGUUAAAUUUAUGCUUGCUUUGUUAAAUUGAAAAAUUAGAAGCUUUGUUUUUCAA